AUGGCUCCGUCGCUUGUUGAAACUACAACCAACCUGGUGGCCCCCAUUGUGGAAGACAAGAUCACCCUCAAAGGUCUUGAGCGGACACCGCUGAAGCCUAGCGGAGCUCUUGAUGCAUUCGAGUUUUUCGAUGUUACACCAGUCAUUGGGCGUGAAUUUCCUAAUGCGAGCUUGAAAGACUUCCUACGCUCCCCUAACUCGGACGAGCUGCUGCGGGACCUAGCGAUUACCGUAUCUCAACGGGGUGUGGUAUUCUUCCGAAAGCAGGACGGUCUGGAUAACGACUUGCAAAAGGAACUUGUGCAGCGAUUGGGAGAGCUUUCAGGAAAGCCAAAGACUUCUGGAUUGCAUAUCCAUCCAGUCGCAAACUCAGGCCGUGAGCAUAGUGUUAAGGAUGAUGAAAUUAGUGUGAUUAGCUCGCAGCAGCGCAAGACACUCUACACUCAGCGCAAUGGCCGCAAGCAAAGCGCUCGUGCAGAAUGGCACAGUGACAUCACUUUCGAGCCCAUCCCAAGUGACUACACAAUUCUCCGCCUGACAGAGCUUCCCAAAACUGGGGGUGAUACUCUGUGGGCCUCGGGGUACGAAGUGUACGAUCGCCUGUCGGAACCUUAUCAGAAAUUCCUCGAAGGCCUUACUGCAACCUACGCCCAGCCUCGGUUCAAUGAAGUCGCCAAGAACAACAACUUUUCGAUUCAUCUUGGCCCUCGUGGUGCUCCCGAGAAUGUCGGAGAGGAGCUGCGCGCCGAGCACCCAGUGGUCCGCACAAACCCAGUCACAGGCUGGAAGAGUAUUUUCGCAGUAGGAUCGCAUGUUCAAAGGGUGAACGGGGUCACAGAAGAAGAGAGCUCGCACUUACUCAAGUGGUUUGUGAGCCUCAUUGUCGAGAACCAUGAUUUGCAAGUGCGCCUCCGUUGGCAGAACCCGAACGAUCUCGGUAAGAAGUCCACUGUAACCAGGAAAUUUCAGUUCAAACCCCUCACAUUAUCGAUAGCUAUCUGGGAUAACCGGUCGGUUUAUCAUGCCGCAACUUGGGACUAUGAAGAGAUUGGUUCUCGAACAGGCCAUCGCGUGGUCGGGCUUGGGGAACGGCCGUAUUUGGACCCCAAGAGCAUCAGCAGAAGACAGGCCCUGGCGGAACGCGAAUAG